UUGAAAUAUAUUUCUUCUUAAAACUAAAGAUUUAUUAAAUAAAUACAAUGUAUAUCAAUAAAUGGCAAUGUAGUAAGUAUUUAUAAAACUGAUAAAAAGAUAUGAUGGAAAACUUUUCCAACUUUCUUGCAAAACAGAUUCUUUGUGUACAUAGAAGUUUAGGAAUGGGCAUGAAAAAUAUGUGUACAGAAAAAUUGUGACUGUUUUUACAUUUUUUCUAAGUUGCCUCAUAUUUUUCUUCAAAAUUAGAUGGAAGCAAAACAGAAAGUAUGUAUCAUCGGCGCCGGGCCGUCGGGAAUGUCGGCGUUGUACCAUUUUGUCCAGCAGGAUAAUAUUCCCGAUAUUGUAUGCUAUGAGAAGCAGAGCACUUGGGGUGGACAGUGGAAUCUAACUUGGAGAACAGGGCUAGAUGAAUAUGGUGAACCCAGUCACAGCAGUAUGUAUAAGGACUUGUGGACAAACGCACCCAAGGAAGCAAGCAUAGAGUACCCAGACUACACAUUUGAAAAACAUUUUGGUCAACCAGUUUCUUCUUAUCCUCCUGUAUCUGUCGUAAGGAACUACCUUGAAGGAAGGUGGACAAAAGGAGCUGAAAGCGACCUUAAACGCUACAUCUUAUUCAACACUCUCGUUAGGUUUGUCCGUUACCAAGACGACACAGAUCGUUUCUUAGUUACUUCCGAAAAUUUGAAGAAUGGUGAAACUAAGGACGACGUUUUUACACACGUCAUAGUAUGCAAUGGUAUCUUUAACAUGCCAAACAUGCCGUAUUUUCCCGGAUUAGACGAGUUCAGCGGUCGCAUACUGCACUCACAUGACUUUAAAGAUGCAAAUGAGUUCAAAGGUCAAACUAUAUUGGUCAUAGGUGCCAGUUACUCUGCAGAAGAUGUUGCUAUCCACUGUCUGAAGUUUGGAGCAAAGCAAAUUAUAAUAUCUUGGAGAACAAAGGCGCUUGGUUUGAAAUGGCCAUCAGGAAUUGAAGAGCGCCAGUUGGUUGUACGAUUUAGUAAGACGCAAGCAUAUUUCAAAGACGGCACAAAAGCAGAUAUUGAUGUUGUCAUUUGCUGUACAGGAUACAAGAAUCACUUCCCAUUCCUAGAAAAGAGGCUGAGGAUUGACGAAAAGACAUGUGUCUACCCUGCAGGACUUUACAAGUCGUCUCUGUUCCUAAAGGCGGGAAACAAUAAGUUGUUCUACAUAGGCGCUCAAGAGCAGCUCUACACAUUCUCGCUGUUUGAGAAUAUAGCUCUUUGGGUCUGCAGAUAUAUUACAAAAAAUCCACCUGGAAAACCAAAAUCAAAAUCAGAGAUGGAAGCUGAUGCAGAACAAUGGCAACGUCGUGCCUCUUUGGUAACUUCUCGUCAUGAUUUUCUAGAUUUCCAGACAGCGAUCAUGAAAGAUCUGGCUGACCAAACAGGGUACACACAAGAUUUCCUAAAAGCUGUUCCAAUUAUUAAAAAGUGGUUCGAACACCGAGAAGAAGGAAUUGCAGGUUACAGAGAUCACCGUUUCCACUCUAUAUACACGGGAAAACUGGCACCCAAGCAAACUACUUUCUUGAAGGCAUUUGACGACAGUCUCCAAACCUUCCUUAAAAACAAAUGAUGUAAAGCAGUAAUAAUAAACAUGGCGUUUGUACGUCUAUUAUGUUAAAGGUUUAACACACAUGCAAACACGUACGUAUAUAUACGCAUAUACAUGUAUAGGAUAACUAGAUCUAUAUGGAAUAAUUAUCUUUUAUUUCAAAUAUAUUUGUAUACCAUCUGAUAUAGACCCGUCAUAUAGUCCGUUAUAUAUUCUAAGUUUUAUGUUUGCUGACAUUAUACCUUAUUACUUGAUAAUUGGUAAAAUUUAUCUUGACUUUAAAGGAGUACAAUCUAAGAUUGCACACCGCUGUUGCAUGCGCAAAGAGUAUGUUUAACUGGAUACUAUUUUGAAUUGAUUUUCUAAUGUUCUAGAAAGUUACAAUGUUGUCACAAAAUUUUAUAAAUUUGAGUUAAUAAAUCUAUAAGUCGAUCCUCUGGAAAUGCAGAACGAAAUCAAACAAUAUUCAUGGUGCACAGCACUUCACAAAUUUCUUUUGUAAAGAAAAACUUGUAAAAUACCAGUCCAGCAGGAGACAACAGUCGAGGACUAAAAAAGAAAACAGAAUCGUUGACAUUGGGUUAAAGGCUCGUGUAGUAUCAUAUAUUAUUGGAAUAUCAAUAUUUAGAUUUUGCACAAAUAAGAACUGAGACCGCCAUUUAUGUGAGAACUUAAAAUUAGAGACUAGAAUUUAUUUCAACUGUCAAUCCUCACAGUAAACAUACCUUGGAAUUUUUGUCCCAUUAGAAAAAGUAAACUAGAAUAGCAAAAACAUGAACAUUAAGACAUGAAUCGUUUUCCCGUCUGAUUAAAUACUUAAGUGUUGUUCUAUUGCUGAUACAGAAAUUUGGUUAAUUUCAUAUUCCCUUAUAGGAUAAAACACAUCUUGAUUAUUCAGAUUUUUUUUAAAGAUGCUUCUGCUUACAUUGAUAUUCAUUUUAUGUCAGAAUUUUAAUAAUCGUUUGUACAAUACAAUAUCAAAUACUAUAAAACGAAAUAAAUGAAUUCUUACUAUUUUUGC